UCUUCUUCCUUUCACAAUUGUUCUUGACAGGAUUUUGGCAUGGCUGAAGAGUUUGCCACCAAGGCUCUCGAGCUCAAGCCUAAGUCCUAUGAGGCAUUUUAUGCACGUGCUAGAGCCAAAAGGAGCAGCAGGCAGUUUGCAACAGCGCUGGCUGAUCUUUAUGAAGCGGCACGUCUGUCCCCCAGUAACAGAGAGAUCAGACGUCUACUGGUACGUGUGGAGGAAGAGUGCCAACACCUGCAGCGACAGGGUUCCAAACACCCCACCUCUCACAGCAACCCCUCACACCACGAGGAAGACAACGAUGAGGAAGAAGAAGAUGACGACGACGAUGACCAGGACAUUGAGAGUUUGGAGAAAAGCCCAGACAGCCUCAGCAUAAACAUGUUGCAGGCAGAUGAGGAGGAGGAGCGGCGUGAGCAAGAAUCCUCUAGGCAGGAGAAGAGGAAGGAGAACUGGCAUCAGAGCCGCACCUUGCCUGAUUCUCUAGGCCUGGCUAUAUCGGAUGCCCAGUCCGUUGUCUCCACAGCUGCCCCUGGACGGGCCGCCCUCAGGCAUCUUCCAUCCAGACAGGCUCAAAGCAUGAAAAACCGAGAGUACAGCAGCUCACUUCAUGCAGAGGGAAGGACGCCCCAGAGCGCCGGGUCCAGCCCCAUGCCGAGCCGCCACCGGCCCGCCUCACUCCGAGCAGGGCCCUGCAUUGACAUUGGCCGUGUUGAGAGGGGUCCGCUCGGUGGUAGCAGAGAGGGCAGCACUCAGUUUGGUCAUGCAGAGAAGGCCGAAGGCAGCAUCGAGCCAAGGGGGGAAUUCUGCAGGAGCAGCAGUGUUAGAGUGUCAAACUCCUCCAGCGGGAACCUGGUGGAUUCCAGCCGAGUGCGCAAUUCCGUGGCGAGUGCCGACAGCAGCACAUGGCAAUCUGAGCAUAAGCCACGCCCAUUUAUGGGCAUCAUUGACAAGACUGCACGUUUCCAGCAGCAGCAAGGUCAUCAUGGCAAUCUGGUGUCUGGUUACGGCUGGCAAGGACUUGUGCCAGAAGGGCUUGUAGGGCACAAUGUUGGUGUUGUCAUGAACACGCACUCGCAGGGACUGACCAGUGACCUCCAAUACGCUAAAACAAGCGCUUAUCAGGAGCCCAUCCAUAACAGCACACAUACUCCUGACUUUCACCCAGACAAAUUUCAUGCUGGACCUGGAUACAAGGACAGUAACCCCAAGCACAAGCAGGCCAGCCUGGCCCGGGACAACCCCAUCCUGAUCAGCUCCAUCAAACCUAAACGCUCCUUUAUUGAGUCCAACGUGUAGCUACCAACUCAUACUUUACACUAAGCACAAAUUAUUUACAGUCUUACGAUUUAAAUAUAGGCUCCUCGGUUUUCAUCAACAAACCCAAUGUCAUUUGAGUCAGUUUUGAAGACUAAAUUCAAAGCAUUUUGUGUGAGUGCUCCAGGAAAGCGCACACGAUUAAAAGAUUGCCUUGCAUUUUUAAGCACAUUUUAAAUGCUACAUAUAAAUGCUAGAUAUGAUACAGAUGAUUUAUUAAUAAUGUAUUAAGAUAUCUGACCAGACUUUAGACUUCAGUAAGGACAUAGGACAUCGACCAAGAUGAAAUACUGUCUCUUACAGUAGGAUUGUGGGCCGGUCCUGUGUGUUUUCAAAAGGAUUUCCUGAUCGAAUGGUGUUGAGUCUGUGUGUGUGUGUGUGUUUGAGGAGAAGCGUGUUGUAUUUCUUCAUGAACUACUCACUGUUUGGACUAAUUUAUUCAUGGCUUGGUUGUCUAAUUAAAACAAUAUUAUAUUUUAUAUAUUAGUUAUUUUUGCACAGCUAUAUAUUAUGAAAUACCACUAUGAUUGUGAGAUUGACCUGAACUGUAUAAAGGAGACCAGGUUUACAUGCAUGUUAUAAAGCACCAUAUUCCGUUGUCUGAGGACAAAGAGGUUAUUUCGUAUGUACAUUAUUUGCAAUUAAUUUCAUGUAUAGGGUUGUUACGUAAUGUAUUUGAAUAAUUCAGCAACAUAUACAAUAAA